AUUCACCUUACUACUUAGUACCUCAUCCUCUUUUCUACCCCCGGCCGCUGUUGCCUGCUUCUCACUCACUUACAAGGACCUUUCUUGAAUCGAUUGUCUUCUAAUUUUCAUCUAUAUUGGUCUUAUAAGGGCAGAGCUGGCCCGGUCUCCUCUCUAGUCCGGUUGACCCCACUCCAACGUUACUUCCUCGUGGUAUAUCACCGCUAUAACCUCAACUACAACUACCUCUCCCGACAUGCCUGGUCCACCACCACCACCACCUCCUCCUCCAUUGCCUGGGGCAGGAGGUGGCCCCCCGCCUCCACCUCCCCCGCCGCCUGGAGGAGGCAUUGGUGCAUCAAAUUUACCUGCGCGACCGCCGCCUUCGGCUGCCAAGGGUCGGGGUGCUCUAUUAUCCGACAUCAAUAAAGGCACGAGGCUCAAAAAGGCGGUGACAAAUGAUCGUUCUGCGCCAGUUGUAGGGAAAUCAUCUGCCGGGUCAGGAGGACCACCGAUAGGAGGAGCUCCACCAGUGCCGGGACUAGGGAAGCCGCCAGGGGGGCUGGCGCCUCCGGUACCAGGGAGCGCAAACCGAGCAAGAAGCAAUAGCGACAUUGGCCAAGGAGGCGGAGCAGACGCGGGAGGACUGCCGGCCGCACCGCAACUAGGUGGCUUAUUCGCUGGAGGCAUGCCGAAGCUUCGCAAGAGAGGCGGCGUGGAUACCGGUGCCAGUGGGAAUUCGCCAUACCUGUCAGAUCCUGAAACGACGCGGAAUAAUGCGCCGAAACCACCUUCUGCACCCGCUCCCCCGGCGCCAAAGGUGCCCGCAUUCCCUGCUGUCAAUCUCCGAAAGGCAUCGAUGCCAGUCAAUGGACCGCCAGCAUCAGCUCCGCCUCCACCGCCUCCGCUUCCUUCGCAGGCGGCUUCAGACGUGACGCCUCCUCGAGCACCACCCCCGCCUCCAUUAAGCAAGAAGCCCAAGCCUCCUCCACCACUCUCAUCCAGGAAGCCGUCUACAACUAUUCCCGCGGCCCCCAAAGCACCAGCACUAAGACCGCCGCCAGUAGCAGCACCCUCAGCGCCGGUUAUUUCUUCCGCACCACCUCCGCCAGCACCCCCACCGCCCCCACCUUCAGCGUCUCCCAGAGUGCCUGCGCCAGUACCGCCAACCCGUUCAACAUCUACUCCCCCUCCUCCACCGGCACCGCCGGGCCCUCCACCAAUGGCAAAUGGCGCAUCACUAGCAAUGCAAGCCGCUCAAAAUGCGUUCAGGUCUACGCCUUCGCCUUCAGCACCUCCUCCGCCUCCUCCGCCGGUGCCUGCGCCUUCACCACCUGCUCCUCCCCCACCGCCCCCUCCAGUUGCGCCACCUUCUCGACCUCCUGCACAGCCGGUUCGGUCUUUGCUUGAUCCGGCAAGCUUUACCUUGUCCAAUGGUGGCACAAAAGCCCACAGUCCAAUUGGUGGUGGUAGUUCAGGCGGUCGAUCUAGCGUUUCACGCAUCCAGGAUAGUCGAUGGAAAUUUAAGGAUGAGAGCCAGCUUCCCAAGCCACGCGAAUUCACGGGAGGUCCGAAACGAUACCGGGCAGGAAGAGGCAGUAGUGUUCCUCUGGACUUGAGUGCCUUGGAAUAGAGGGGAAUUAUCCUUCAAUCUCGAUAGCGGGGAGGUCGAUGAGGGACAAGUAGAAGACGACAUGGAAGAAGGGAGACGUACGCAUUCGUUGAAUUGCAUUGCAGGCGUUUUGUGGAAGGAACUCUGUCUGACAGCUUUUAAGAUUUGCUUUUCAUUCUUCUUUUUCGUCUCCUACCGCAUUUUCAACCAUUCGCUUUCGUGUCCCUUGAUGUCUUCUGGUGUCUAGAUAUCAGUGACCCGGCGUCUGUCGGGUCGAGGGUUGGCACGGUGGAUGAAAACCCCUCCGUGCGCGUAAAGAGGAUUCCCGCUGUGGCUAUAUCGUAUUAUAUCAUAUUGAGCGAGUUUAUUAUAUUUAGCGUUGACAGAUGAGGUGUGAUUAAUAUUGAGUAUCUCUGCGAAUGCUAAACACAUACGUGAGCUUGUGGUAAGAAGACGUUUGAUCAGA